GUGUAGCAGAGCGUGGCUCUGAAGGCGGCUGCGCCCAUGCUUUUCUGUGUAGACCUACAUUCAAUAUUAUAAUUGUAUACUGUAUACGGUAUUGCACAACAUGGGAAGUCCAAAACACUUGAUGAGUGGAGCUCAUUGAAACCUAGGAUCAUUUGUGGCUUUUGUCAGGCUCAGAGAUGUUUAAUUCUGAUAAGCAGAAGUUACACUACCCAACAGCAGAGGAGGGAAGUUCCCAACCCAACUACUCUGGAGGGUACCCUGGAGGGCCCCCACCUGGUGGGGCUGCACAAUAUCCUGGAGGAGGAUAUCCUGCCCCUCAAGGGGCAUAUCAAGGGGGACAACCUCAACCACCCCAGGGUGCAUAUCAGGGGGGAGCACCUCCACAAGGAGCCUACCCUGCAGGUGCAGCACCAGGAUACCCAGGAGGUCAGCCUACCCAGGGAUAUCCACAGCCUGGCCCACCCCAAGGAGGGUACCAGGGUACCCCUCCAGCUGGGGCAUACCAAGGGGGAGGAGCGCCACCAGCAGGGGCAUACCAAGGGGGAGGGGCGCCACCAGCAGGGGCAUACCAAGGGGGAGGGGCGCCACCAGCAGGGGCAUACCAAGGAGGUGGGGCGCCACCAGCAGGGGCUCCAGGAGCUCCGCCCCAAGGAGGAGGAGCGCCCCAGUACCAGGGCGAGAUGCCUGGGGAUGAUAUAGACGACAACCCUAACGCUGCCCCUCAGCAAGCCACAGCCCCACCCCUAGAGAAAAUGGACGAAAUUAGCGGCUAUGGUAAUGUGGGAUUUAAUUCAGCUGUGCUACCUCCUCCCUCGUAUGAUGAUGCAAUGAAGGGGCCACCUCCAGAGCGACAAAAUAUCUCAAACGUUCCUACCAUCACAGAGCAAGACGCAAGGGAAGCCCUUCUUAAACAUGUGGCUGAAAACUGCUGCUAUGGAAAAGGAGCUGCAGAAAAUUUAAAAUAUUUGGAUCUUAAGUCAACAAGUGCAUUUCAUUAUACAUUGGAAACAUUCGGAGAAGGUAGACAAACAGCGUGGGCAUACGAACCAUAUACAGGCCAGGUGAUUGAUGGUCCUAUGAAUGGGGUGGCCCCAGGUCCCUGGGACAUGCCUGCCCAGGCCAGUGCCCUGUUUCAGAACCAGAAGGUUGAGGUGGAAGUGCCUCACACAGCGUCUGUCAAGCCCUGUCACACCUGCUUCUCGUCCGGAUAUAUCCGCUGUCACCGCUGCUUAGGAAGGGGUAGGGUGAGAUGUACCUGGUGUCAUGGAAGUGGACAUCGGUCAGUACACAGAAAUGGAGAACACCAUCGAGAGAGGUGCACUUGGUGUCAUGGCAACGGCAGACGCAGAUGUGAUACCUGUUGUGGCUGCGGUUCCGUGACCUGUACUUCCUGUCAGGGCUACAGGCAACUGAAGUGCUACAUCAAACUCACCAUCAUGUGGACCAACCAUGUUGUGGACCAUAUUGUGGAGAGGACUCCUCUACCAGAUCAUCUUAUUAGAGCAGUGUCGGGACAAACAGCCUUCGAGGAAACUAGCCCACGGGUCUGGCCCAUCCAGCACUUCCCUGAUGCCGAGGUCAACGACGCAUCCAGGAAUCUGAUACAACAACAGCAGCACCCAACCGAAAGGAUCCUACAACAGAGACACCGAGUUAGAAUUGUGCCAGUGACCCAGUGUAUUUACAAGUGGAAGGACAAAGACUCGGAUUACUUUGUGUACGGGUUUGAACACAAGGUGCACGCUCCCGACUACCCGCAACAAUGCUGCUGUGGCUGUUCCAUCCUCUAAACACACCUGUGCUUCUUCAACAAUGAUGCUGUGACUGUUUCAUACUCAAAACAGCCCUUACAAUAAUGCUAUUGUGGCUGUUCCAUCAUUUAAGUUUCACUGUACAUAUUACAACAAUAUUGCGGUACCUUUUAAGCAUCCUUUAGGCACCAGUAUGUAGUUGUACAACUAUCCUUAACCAAUGCUAAUGGGGCUGUUCCAUCCUCUAAGCGGCCGUUAACACAUGUUGCAGUGGCUGUUUAAUUCUCAAAGUUUCGUGUACAUCUACUCUGUACAUGCUGAGACUUUUCUACUCUUUAAUCAUUCCUGCUGAUCAUUUCUUUGAUAAGACCAUGACUCGGUUUUUCUCAUUUUCAGAACACCUACAUUUUCAUGAAAUCUACAGACAUCUAUAGUACAUUGCCUUUGUAAACACGGGCAGUUUGUGUUAAAUGAAUCAAUUUCACUGAAGAAAGACGCAGACUAGAUGUCUGGAAGGUUUUAUCUCGGUACAAGCUCUAUGAACAAAGACACUCACCGGAUUUUUGGAAGGUUUCGAAUUCACAAAAGCUGUAUGAACAAAGGUCCUGAAUGUAGAAACAAAGACACCAAUAGGUUUACAUUUCAUACAAACUGAUAUAGUGUAAAUUGAUCUACGCAUGUAUGUGCCAUAUAGUUACAUACAAGUAUAAUCAGAUGCUUAAUAUUGAUGUAUGUAUGUAUUGUUCUAUAUAUUAUUGUUCUAUUUCAACUCAUUGCAAUGUUCAAUUUCUAUCAUUCAGUUAGAAUCAAUGUUCAAUUUCUAUCAUUCGGUUAGAAUCAAUGUUUAUUGUAGCACAUGUAAGUUUGAUUAAGAGUUGCCUUACAUGAUCUUUCUGAUGACCAAUUUAUUUUACUCUACUAUAACUGGAUAAAGAACUUUACUUUUUUAAUAUCAUGAAAGAAUUUUGUUGUAUAUACUUUGUAAAUUCUUGUAAAUUUUGUUAUGCUAAUUGUUCAACUGUAGAGGCUUUCAAGAUGACGGAUACUGAUGGUCCAGAGUCAUGGUUCAGAAGUUAAAAUGUCUGUGUGUAACAAAUCAUGAUGUUUUCAUUUUACAAACAUCUGACACCAAAUGAAAACAAUUGCUUUUUAUCACAUUACCCAUAAUGCACGGGAAAACCAUGUCUUCACUGAUCACUGUCGCAUCUUCAAUUUCCUCAUCUUAAUGUCAUGUCAAUUGUCGUCAAUGCGACGUGACAGUAGUAUGACGUCAUGGUUAUUGUUCCAAUUCUGACAUCACUGUUGUUGAUAUUGCAUGAAGUCAUAUGUAAAUUUUUAUGGUGUUAUAACUGCUUAGCACCGAAAGUUGGGUGAUAAAAUAAAACAUCUAAACCCCAUCAUAAUGAUGAAAUAUGAUAAAAUGCAAAAUAUUUUAUAAAAGUACCAUGAUUGCAUAGUUGAUUAGUUCUUGGCCCUUAAGUAUACUUUAUAUCUACUUUGCAUAAUAUUCUUGGUAGUGAAUAUGUUGUCAUCAAUUAAAAUGUAUAUGUUCCUUUAUUAAUUUAAGAAAUUACUUUUUCUAGUGCCUUUAACAAAUUAAGUGCUCUGUUUAGGAUGAGCUUACAAAUAAUUAAGAUAAAUGACUCAUUUUAUAUUUUUGCUAAUUAUAGCAUUUAUAUUAAAGAUACAUGUACAAUUUAGUUAUGCAUUUUCGCUAUUGCACAGAAGUUUUGUAACGUAAUUAUUUUUCUAUAUUACGGAUGUCCAGUAUUACCUUAGUUUUUUAAUGCUAUUUACGGCAGCAGUUUUGUGAUAUACAGUUCAAUGCAAAUAAAGGAAGGACUUUUUUCCUGUGUAUUUUCCUAUCACUGUUAGCGAGUUCAAAAGCUGCAUUUGCAUGUCAAGCUGUCAACAUUGCAUCGUUAUUCAAACUGAUCAGCUUCAAGACAAUUUUGUAUGGUACUCGUGUUAGCAAAACUCAGAGUUCCAUAUAAUACAUAUAUUGAAAAUGUUGAAAUUCAAAACUAAAACUAAAAAUAUAUUUUAAAAAGUCAAGAAAAACAGGAAAUGAAAAAAUAUAUUUGUAAAUUGCAUACAAGAAUACUUUGGCUUACAAAUCUUUGUCCUCUUCAAAAAUCAACUUGUUUUUGUCCUCUUUCAUGGCUUCUUCCCUCGAGGUAUCUACAGGAGUGUUGCUUCGAGUCGGUAGUCGGUUCCAUCCAUUGAUUAAAAUUUCAGUUGAUAAUGAUAAUAUAUUUAGUGCAAUGAUUUGGCAAAUGAUUUUGCAGCAGUGCAACAGAUGUAAAACACACAAUAGUUACGCGAGAAUUAUUUGUAUCAAUUUGUUUUUCAUAUGAAUUAGUCUUUUAUACAAUCAAAUCAAAGUGCUCUGUGAAUUGUCAGAAUUAUAAAAUGGUAUAGUAUAGUCAGUCUUGUGGUCCAGAGCGUUUUUAACACAUGUUGGCGUCUAUGAAAUUCAGUUGUUCCCCUCUUGACACACAUAUUCCGAGGGGUGGAGCAGAUAUGUGUUUUGAAAACAGAGCUCUUUGAUUUGGACCUAAUGUGUUGGUCGAGGUAGGGGUUUUACUUCUUGGGUAGUUAGGUUAAAUCUUUAAUACAACCUUUACUUACAGCUUAAAAAAAUAAAUUGUAUGUUGUUUUUCUGAGGUAGGGUAAAUCUUUUAUCCGACCUUUACUUACAGCUUAAAAAAAUAAAUUGUAUGUUGUUUUUCUGAGGGAAACGCUUGUAAUGCAUUUCCUUGCCCAAUUUAUGUUUGUUAAUAAAAUUAUCGGUACAAAGAGUGCUAUGGAGAUCACAAUCAAUGCUAAACAACCAUUUCAUAAAAAACCUACAUGUGUGCUAUGUGUAUUAGUUUCUGUUAUCAUGGAAAUAUAAGAUAUUUCUAUUAAACCUGAACUAUUGUAAGGUGUAUAUUAUCAACCUAUAGCACAAACAUAUACGGACCAUUGUAAGCAGGGUAUUAUUAUGCAACUGUGUAUCUGCCCAACGUCUCUUACACAGGUUUCCAUUUUAAAUGUCUGUGCAUUGCACAACCAACUGCACUUCCCAGAGGGGGAUUGUAGCCUGUUCGAAUGAAAAUCGGUGUCCAAUGUAUUAUAUCUAUGUUCAUGUCUGAUAUCAGUUUCCUCAAAUGUAUUAUGUAUAGUCAUGUUGCAUUUUUAUUUGUGAAAAAUUUCAUAUUUCAAAUAUCUAAAAUUAAUGAUUUUUGUUAUGUUGAAAAUUCUGAUGUUAUGCCGUUAUUUAAAUAGAACAAGAAAGUAUGUAUUGACCAUGUCUAAUAACCUCCCUGUUCGUUUGCUGUAUAUGGGCGAUGUUAUGUGAUUUCCUUUUCAUAGGUAACAGUAUAUAAUGGUCAUGUAUAUUCUGUGUCACUGUUAUAAUAUUGUUUAUGGGUAAUGGACACUGGCUCAGGAAAGUGAUGGUAAUAAACUAAAUUGAAAAGUAA